CACACCUAAAACACACUCUCUCUCUACACCGCGCACAACAAAACAAGCUUUCCUUUCAUUUCGCUUUCUCUCGAUUUUUCUCCUCUCCGUCUCAACUCAUACAUAUAUACACUCAUCUGUAUGUAUACAUUCACAGAACCUCCUCUCUAUUCUUCGAUUUUGUUUAACUAGUUGAUCUACGCGAUGAAGAUCGCCUUUUCUGCUUCACAUUUUUUCACUUGUUUCUGUUUAUUGUUUCUUUCCGAUCGUUAGAUUGAUUAAUGAGCGAGUGACAUGAUCUAUUUGCAGAUCUGAUUUUUUUGCGAUCUUAGGUCAUUAUGCGUAUACUGCUGCGUGAUUUGUAGUCAAUUUCUGCGAUCUUUUCGUGCUUACAAUUUCAAACGCUUCUGGUAUACGUGGAUGGUAAUUAUGGAUGCAGGUGUAUGUAUCUGUUGAAUAUAUACUAUGUUAUUUUGGGAUAAAGAUUCGUUUUUUCACGGGGUAUAGGUAUAAUUUGUGAACACACUGGAAUAAUUUGUUUUUUGAAUAUAAUGCAAAAGUAGAUUCUAUUCCCGACUACUAAUUUAAUAAGUAUUUACUUCGUGGAUGUUAUUUGGAUGUUUAGCUUAAUAUGUACACUUCUUAGGGAUUGCCCUCGAGGAUCCUGUUUUUUCAGUUUUUGUUAAAUAUAGAACUCUCUGGAUCUUAUGUCACAACUUGCGUUCAAAUUAAUUGCUCUAUCUCUCUGACUAAUUUAAGUAUUACAGACUUGUAACUGGACGCAAAUAGAUAUGAAAUUGGUUGCCCUUCAAUUUUGAAAAGAUAAUUUUACCAUGGUCUACUUUGCUUUGUUGAUCGUAGUAUGUGCAGUGGGCCUGAACAAUCAAAUCAUAAUUCUUGUACAACCCAAGGGGCAGCUAUUAACCAAUCGAGCAUGAAGGAUUCAAACAACUUAUUUGUAGAAACUGAUGAUUCUCUCUCCAGUUUGCUUGAAUUUGCAGCCAACAAUUAUGUAGAAUCUUUCAGAAGAUUGAUAGAGGUGAAUUUGUCUGUGGUCGACGCGGCUGGACUUUGGUAUGUUCGCAAUAAAGGUUCAAAGCAAAUCAACCUGGAAGAAAGAACACCGCUGAUGGUAGCUGCUACUUAUGGUAGUGUGGAUGUCCUUAAGCUAAUAGUUGCGUUGCCGGAAGUUUAUUUGAAUAAAUCAUGUGGUGUCAACAAGUGGACUGCUCUCCAUUGUGCGGCUUUUGGAGGUUCUGUCCAUGCGCUUGAUGUUGUAAAGUUGCUGUUAUCUGCUGGCGCUGAUCCCAAUAUUGAGGAUGCCCGUGGCUUGCGUCCAGUUGAUGUAAUUGUAGCUCCUCCCAAACUUCCUGGAGCUAAAGCUGCUCUAGAAGACUUGCUUAUGAACACCAUUUCUGAUGCUUCUGUUGGUGAGUGCAAUUUAUGGGUCACCAUAUCUGGUUCAAAUGCAUCUUCCCCUGUACUGUCAUCAUCACCAGAAAGCAGGUCUGCAUGUUCGCUGUCUGAUUCUGUAUCUUCUCCCACAGCUCCUAAGUUUGUUGAUCCUGCUGCUAAUUCUGUGUCAGAGAAGAAACAGUAUCCUGUGGAUCCAUCUCUACCGGACAUUAGAAAUAGUAUCUACUCAACUGAUGAAUUUCGCAUGUUCUCAUUCAAGAUCAGGCCAUGUUCAAGGGCAUAUUCUCAUGAUUGGACUGAAUGCCCUUUUGUUCACCCUGGAGAAAAUGCUCGCAGAAGAGACCCGCGGAAGUACCACUACAGCUGUGUCCCUUGCCCUGAUUUUCGAAAGGGUGCAUGCAGGCGUGGAGAUAUGUGUGAGUAUGCUCAUGGUGUGUUUGAAUGCUGGUUGCACCCUGCUCAGUAUCGGACAAGGUUGUGCAAAGAUGGCACAAGCUGUGCUAGACAGGUGUGCUUUUUUGCGCACACCCAGGAAGAGCUUCGUCCUCUGUAUGUCUCUACUGGAUCUGGUGUGCCUUCUCCGAGAUCUGUGGCCUCUACCGCAAGCUUCAUGGACAUGGCUGCAGCCUUGAGCCUUUUGCCUGGCUCCCCAACAUCACAGUCAGUGAUGUCUCCUUUUGCAUUCAAUCAAAUCAUGUCCCCUACAGCCAAUGUAAUGUCUCAUUCAUCUUCUGGAGCUUGGACUCAACCAAAUGUCCCCACUCUCAGUCUACCUGGUAGCAAUCUGCAGUCCAGUCGCCUGAGAUCUUCCCUUAAUGCUCGUGAUAUUCCACCUGAGGAUCUGAACACAUUGCGGGAUUAUGAUUCACAGCAACUCAUUUUAAAUGACAUGGCUUGUUUUUCACAGCCACGCCCUAAUUCUGCUAUGUUAGGUUCUGGCCGCUCCCAGAGAACAUUGACUCCUUCUAAUCUUGAAGAUCUUUUUUCUGCUGAGAUCACUUCAUCUCCAAGACUUUCUGAUCAGGCAGCGACUUUUGGUGCUUUUUCUCCCUCACAUAAGUCAGCUGAUCUUAAUCAGUUCCAACCACAGCAAAACAUUUUAUCACCCAUAAAUACUAAUGUUUUUUCUCCAAGAAAUGUUGAACCACCUCUGUUGCAGGCUUCUUUUGGUGUGUCAUCUCCAAGGAUGUCACCAAGAAGCUUAGAGCCAGGAUCUCCCAUGAGUGCCCGUCUCUCAGCUUUUGCUCAGCGUGAGAGGCAGCAGCAGAUGCAGAUGCGUAGCCUCAGCUCCCGGGAACUUGGGUCCAACCAUACCCCUGUUGUAGGAUCUCCUACAAGUGCAUGGUCUAAGUGGGGACCUGUCAAUGCGAAAGUUGACUGGUCAGUUAGCGCAGAACAUGAAGGUUGUGGUGUGAAGAGGCAGUCCUCGUUUGAUCGCAGAGCUGAUGGAGAAGACCCGGACUUGUCGUGGGUGCAAUCACUUGUCAAAGAAUCACCACCUGAGAUGAUGGACAAAGCUGCAGCCACUGGUGCUGCACCAUCCGGUGAGUGUUUGAAACCAAAUCCUCAAACCGACUCGGCCGAUCACACUGUUUUAGGGGCUUGGCUUGAUCAGAUGCGACUUGAUCAGCUCGUAGUCUAGCGAAACAGAUCAUGAACUCAUUCUUACUUGGAUAAGAAAAAAGUGUAGGAAGUAUAUAAAAAUUUUGUGCUCUUCUUUUGGCUCGCGGAAACGAAGUGCAUAUCGAAGGCGGCAGCAGCAGUAGCAGCAAUGAUGGGCUUCGCGAGUUCUUAUUGGUAAUAAACUGAGAUUUAUUUUUUUUUCAUUGAAAAAGAUGUAUUAAAUACCUUACCUCAUUUAUUGAUUAUUACAACCUGAGUUUUCAUUUGUCAUCGGGGGCUGUAGCUGUACUAAGAAAACCCAGCCUAGUUUGGACAAACUGUUCCUUUGUAUUUUGCUAAAUCGGAGUAUCAUGUAUCCAUGAUUCUUUAAGCGAAUAUUAUCCAUUCAUGAAUA